UUUGGGUUAAAAAGGAAAUGCUUCGAGAGGAGCAAGACAGAGGGGGUUUCUUAUAGGGCAACAGAAGUUUACACAACCAGAAACUAGCUUGUUACAAUUUAAAGUAUCCGAUUCUUUUCGCUGUGUUUGAUUUAUCCUCGAUUGGAAGAUGACCACAGCCGUGGUGUCGCCUUUCUUCGACUUCAGCGAAGUGAUCAACAACAAGAACAAAAUGCUGAAUUACAGUAACAACAUCCUCAGUACUCCGCACCCUGUCUCUGUCCCUUGCACGGGGCCAAGUUUGCCCAUCUCCAACCCCACUGGGUGCCUGCUGGACAGGAAGGCUGUGGGGACACCCUCCACUGGGGUUUACCAGCGCCGGCACUCCAUCACUUCGCCUAGCACCAAACUCAACCAAAACCAGUUCUUGAACAUUGCCAAGGCAGAUCCUUCCCUGCUCGGCUCAGGGACGGGAACCACCGGCAGCAGCAACAAAGAGAACCGACUUCGAGACCGCUCUUUCUCAGAGACGGGGGAUCGCCUGCUACAGAAGUGUUCGGGCCCUGGAGGCCCCAACAGCCAGGUCAACUCGAGCCGCUACAAGACGGAGUUAUGCAGACCAUUCGAGGAGAACGGCGCCUGCAAGUACGGUGACAAGUGCCAGUUUGCCCAUGGCAUUCAUGAGUUGCGCAGCCUAAGCCGCCAUCCCAAGUACAAGACGGAGCUCUGCCGCACCUUCCACACCAUCGGCUUCUGCCCCUACGGCCCACGAUGCCACUUCAUCCACAAUGCAGAGGAGCGCCGCGGACCUCCUCCAACCCCGUCCCCCCUUUCGGCCUCCAACAAGAUGGAGAGGCCACGGCUGCAACACAGCUACAGCUUUGCGGGGUUCCCCAGCUCUGGAGGCUUGCGGGACAGCCCCACCUCGGUCACCCCUCCACCUAUAUUUCCCCCUGACGAUCUGCCCGAGUGGCCUAGCAGCAACCCCUUCACAUAUUCCAGCCAGGAGCUGGCCAACCUCUUCAGCCCCAGCCUGGGAAGUGCACCUUUGUCCUGCUCCGACCCCUCCACCCAGGCGCCAUCUUCCCCAACAACAACCCCUUACUACUUCAGGGCCAUGUCAGAGUCUCCCCAACUCUACGAGUCUCCAUCCAGUCAGCCAGACUCGCUUUCCGACCAAGAGGGCUACCAGAGCAGCUCAAGCGGAAGUCUGAGCGGCUCAGAAUCUCCGAUCCUCGACACCACCCGCCGACUGCCCAUCUUCAGCAGGCUUUCCAUCUCUGAUGACUAAAGCACACUGAGCCAGACCCCAUCCCCCUUUCCACUGCACGCAGCAGUCUUGGGCAGAGAGGAUGAGACGCUAGCACUCCCUCUACCUCUCGCCAUUUCUCCGGCCCCCUAGAAGCCGUAGACUUCCCUCCUCGAAUCACCUCCGCUCUGAAACCGAUGCAGUGAAUUAAGGGAUCUUUCUCUUUUUUGAGUACUCUUUUUAACCAGAACAAGCUAAAAACUCUCCCAGCCUCAACUCGCAGAGCCCCUGCUAUGUUCUUGGUGUGACUGUGCCAAACACGCAGAGUAGGAAGUGGAUUAGCGAAAUGCUAAUCGUGAGAGGUAUGAGACCGUUGUGCCAGGUGCCACAGCUGCAGUCAAGUGUAGCGGAGCCUGUGGCACGGUUAAGGGAGAGAUCUGCGCCCUUCCCCCCCUCACAAAUUACCACUCUUCUCAAGGACACUCUUUCAUAACUAACUAAAGUUCACAAGUGUCAUGCUUAGACCUUUCACAACUGUCUAUGUAGACCGGCUUAAAGCGAAAAGAGGAAAAGAAUAUGAAAAAAAGACAAGUGCCUGGGGUUAAGUGUUGGGGUGAAUGGACCACUGUUUCUUUUUAUCUUAUAUUUUUUUCGUUCCUUGUGGCCUAAUUAUGUAGCUCUUGUUUUGAGUGUGUGCUCUCCCUGCCUUGAAAUUGCAGAUUACAGCAGUCUGCUGGAAGGACUUCUCUCAUAAGGGUUGAAUGAGAAUGGAGCUCUGGAAUAUAUCGGGCACAUUCAAAUGUUCAGUUAGGUGCUAUGUGCUCCAUGUCUCGCUUACAACCAGCGCAAAACCCUGAGAUGUUGCCACUCAAAAAUGAACAAUUCCUUACAAUUUUUUUGUUGUUGUUAGUGCCCCUUUUUCCCAUUAGUUGCUGGUUACUUAACAUUUGUUGGGAAGGGAAUCUUGUUAUUAAACCUUAAAGACAAACUCUUUCUUCUAUCCCACCUCAAAACGCCGCCUUCCCUCAGUCCAAUCGGCAAACAGAGGGGGAAUUCCAUCAUUCCCAAGGUGCAGUUCAACCUCCUGCAGCUUCACUUUAGUUCUUCAUGCACGUUUCUGUUUUUUUCUCUCCAUAGAUUCUGCUCAGAGGAGCACUUUGUAAUUUCGUCAUCUUUCCACUUCUUGGUUUUGAUUUUUAUUAUGGUCAUUGUUUAUUAUUAUUAUUAUUAUUAUUAUUAUUAUUAUGGUUAUAUUAUUGUUAUUGUUUGAAAACCUUCCAGAACAGAAGGUUUUGCUUGUCACUGCUUAUUUAACUUAUCAAAAACAUAUUUAUUGGUGAUCAUAUGCAUUUUUUUGUUAAUUUUGUUUGUAUUUAUCUUGAUAAUGAAACGAUAGAAUAUAUUUUCUUUUAUGUUAAAUUAUGAUCUUCUGUAUUAAUCUUAAGAUUGUGAAGACUUGUCAGCUUUCUUUUUUCACAGUUUAAUAUAUUGUACUACAAUGACUUUUGUUGGCAACUACACUUAAAUGAAACUUAAUUUAAAGCAAAAAAGCAAAAUCAAAAAAAUCCUCUGCAUUUUGAUUUAUUUAUUGUAGAUUUAUUGUCAUUCCCUUUUCUCAAAUAUUUGACUGCAAAAAUCAGUACUACCAAACAAUCGUUCCUGGAUAAUAAACUCACAUGCGCAUCAGCACAAUUAUUUUUUAAAAAUGAACGGAAAAAAAUACUUUCCACUUUCAUACCUUUUUUUUUUUUUUUUUUUUUUUUUUGGGAGGCGAGCUUAGUUCCCACUUGAGUUCCCAAGUGAACUUUUAUUAUGCUGGUGAAAAAUAGUUUCACCAAAGCACCAAAUGUUGAAUUUUUGUUGUGAAAAACAGACUUGGAUUACAAAUCCAGUUUACUGAAUGUCUGAGCCUGGUAAUAGAUUUGAAUACAAUAUGGAACAAAUAAUCAAUACAAUAUUUUUAUUAUUUCAGAUAAGCAAGUUGAUUCAAGAUGCAGGAGUUUUGUGGCCUUAAAACAUAAGCAUCACAUUUAAAUACCACCAUGAAGUGCUCUUUUAUUGUUUCGAUAGUUCGUUACAAAGGUUUAAUGAUGUUGCAGGUAAUAAACCUCCAGUGUUAAAGCAGUUUAUUAGAUUAUGGUGGUGGAUAUGAUGAAUUGCAGGCAAUAAUUGUGACCUAUUGGGUUGAAGUUCUAUGAAAGCUUCCAGCCUAUAUGUAAAGUGCCUCUUUACACAUUCCAUAAGCAAGCAUUCUUUGCCUUAAAUAAAGCUGAGAUGCUAUUUUUUUUAUGACUUAUUGCUUGUAUCCUCAGUGGUUUAAGCAAUGAUUGUCCAAGUUGGUUAACAGUAUAGACACAAAGAAAGUAUCUGAAGAGUUGAAUGUAUUUUUUUUUUUUUUUCAUAUAAACAGCUAUUGCUGUUCACUACAGUAAUUUCUAUGAGUUUAUAUAAGAUUGAUCUCUCUUUUGUAAUGACUGAUUGCAGUUAAAACCAAUAAAAACCCAUAUUUUUAAAAAAAA